AUGAGAGCCUUUCCCCGCCCUCUUCUCACCCCAUGGGUAUAUAAAUGCAGCUGUUUGCACACCCAGCCAGCAGACGCUCCCUCAGCGAGGACACCAGGGCACCAGCCAGGAGAGAGAGAAGCAACUGCAGACCCCCUGGAAAUAACCUCUCAGACGACACACCCCCAGACAAGCAGCCAGGCGAUUCUCUCCCUCUAAUACACACUGCCCCAGGGCUCUACCAUCUCCCAGCUGGACCCGAGCCCCUCUGGGAAGAACGCCAUGAGCACUGAAAGCAUGAUCCGGGACGUGGAGCUGGCCGAGGAGGCACUCCCUAAGAAGGCAGGGGGCCCCCAGGGCUCCAGAAGGUUCUUGUGCCUCAGCCUCUUCUCCUUCCUCCUCGUUGCAGGAGCCACCACGCUCUUCUGCCUGUUGCACUUCGGAGUGAUCGGCCCCCAGAGGGAAGAGCUCCCAGAUGGCCUCCAACUAAUCAACCCUCUGGCCCAGACAGUCAAAUCAUCUUCUCGAACUCCAAGUGACAAGCCUGUAGCUCAUGUUGUAGCAAACCCCGAAGCUGAGGGGCAACUCCAGUGGCUGAGCCGGCGUGCCAAUGCCCUCCUGGCCAAUGGUGUGGAGCUGACAGAUAACCAGCUAAUAGUGCCAUCAGACGGGCUGUACCUCAUCUACUCCCAGGUCCUCUUCAAGGGCCAAGGAUGCCCUUCCACCCAUGUGCUCCUCACCCACACCAUCAGCCGCUUCGCCGUCUCCUACCAGACCAAGGUCAACCUCCUCUCUGCCAUCAAGAGCCCUUGCCAAAGGGAGACCCCAGAGGGGACUGAGGCCAAGCCCUGGUACGAGCCCAUCUACCUGGGAGGGGUCUUCCAACUGGAGAAGGAUGAUCGACUCAGCGCUGAGAUCAACCUGCCUGACUAUCUCGACUUUGCCGAGUCUGGGCAGGUCUACUUUGGAAUCAUUGCCCUGUGAGGGGGCGGGACAUCCAUCCUUGCCCACCUCAACCCCUUUAUUAUCUACUCCCUCUGACCCCCCUCAUCCCCUUCUGGCUUAGAAAAAGAAUUAGGGGCUCAGGGCUGGGCCCCAAGCUUAGAACUUUAAACAACAA